AUGCGACUUAUACAAUUUAAUAGUGGUCUUCGUGUAGUAUUAAAAGAUGUUCAACAAGAACAAACAGAACAUUCACCAAGAUAUUAUCUUGCACCGCCAUCAGCACCACCACUACCACCAUCUGCACAUUAUUCAUCAAAUUCUUCUAUAGCUACAACAAGUUCAUCUAAUAAAUCAAAUACUUCUAUUAGUACGAAUCAUGAAUAUUAUACAUAUCGACAAUAUUUACCAUCAUCACAUUCAACAAUUUAUUCACAAUGUAAUCAAAUAAAAACACCUCCUGUAGUUAAUGCAAUACCAUCAUCAACGAUUAUUCUUGAGAAUCGACGAGACAAAAGUGAUUCGGGCCAUGUCAAUAUUCGUGAUGAUGAUGAAGGUCAUUUGAUUUAUGUUCCAGGUGAUAUUCUACAUCGUCAAUAUGAAAUUCGUCGAACACUUGGCGAAGGCACUUUUGGUAAAGUUGUCGAAGUUCGUGAUCUUCGCGGUGAUGGUAAUGCACGUUUAGCAUUAAAAAUAAUAAAAAAUGUUGAUAAAUAUCGUGAAGCGGCCCGGUUAGAAAUUAAUGUACUUAAAACAAUCAAAGAAAAAGAUCCCGAUAGUGUUAAUUUAUGUGUAUCAUUACUAGAUUCAUUUGAUUAUUAUGGUCAUAUGUGUAUUGCUUUUGAUAUGUUAGGUUUAAGUGUGUUUGAUUUUUUAAAAGAAAAUAAUUAUAUUCCAUAUCCGAUCGAUCAAGUUCGUCAUAUUUCAUAUCAAUUAUGCCUUGCUGUCAAAUUUCUUCAUGAAAUUGCUUUGACACAUACAGACUUAAAGCCUGAAAAUAUUCUUUUUGUCGAUUCGGAUUAUAAUGUUGUUUAUAAUCAUCGAAAGAGAAGAGAUGAGCGUAUUGUACGUCGAACAGAUAUAAAAGUAAUUGAUUUUGGUUCAGCAACAUUUGAUUGGGAACAUCAUUCAACAAUUGUUUCAACACGACAUUAUCGUGCACCAGAAGUUAUACUUGAAUUAGGAUGGUCACAACCAUGUGAUGUUUGGAGUGUUGGAUGUAUUCUAUUCGAACUUUAUCUUGGUUUUACUCUCUUUCAAACUCAUGAUAAUAAAGAGCAUUUGGCUAUGAUGGAACGUAUACUCGGUCCUAUUCCAUAUCGAAUGGCUAAACAAUCUAAAAAAACAAAAUAUUUCUAUCAUGGUCGCUUAGAUUGGGAUGAACGUAGUUCAGCUGGUCGUUAUGUACGCGAUAAUUGUAAACCCAUAAGACGUUACAUGAUGAGUGACGAAGCAGAUCAUCAACAGUUAUUUGAGUUAGUUGAAAAAAUGCUCGAAUAUGAUCCAAAACGACGAAUUACAUUAGCCGAUGCUCUUCGACAUCCGUUUUUUGAACGUCUUUUACCCGAACAACGCAAUUUUGCCUACUUUGGUCAUAUUGUAAAGAUUUUCGAUAGCGAUUUGAAACAACUGGAUACAGCAUGUGAGCGUAUUCAUUACGAUGAAGAUCAAUUAUAUCGUGAUGGUCUGAUUGAAGUACCAAAAUUUUUAGGUCAAAUAUUAUGUUUGAAUCGACUUGAAGAUGCUGUUAAAGAUGUUGAAUUUAUUUUCGAAUGUAUUAUCGAAAAUUUAGAACUUAAACAAGCAUUACUUGAAAAAGCUUCUCAAUCUGCUUCACCUAAUGUAAUCAUAUGCUCAAAUACAAUGCGAUUAGAUUUAGACAAAAUAUCAGAAAAUUUACCUCAUAAAGAAAAUUUUGUUGGUGCACGUUUUCUUUUUCCAGUUUAUUAUGUACCUGAAGUCGAACUUAAUCCAACGAAAUCAACAAGUACACAAACCAUAUCUGCCUUACGAAAAUUACUCGAACGAAUGGACAAGGUUCUUUAUUUUCGUUCAUCACCUGAUCCAUUAAUACUCGACGAAGAACAACGAGAAAUUAGACGAAAAGCUCGUAUUGAAUCAUUAAAAAAGAGUAGUGGAAUAAUGGUAGUUCGUGGUCGAACAUUACCGGGUUUGACACCAUCAAAUCGAUUUGAUCAUGGUGGUAAUCGUAAUGAUUUAAUCGAAAGCGGAAAUAAUAAUGGUAAUAAUUCAAUGACAAAUGAAAAUGUUGAUUGUUCAAUUUGUAUGGAUCGACCACGUAAUUCAGUUAUACGUUCAUGUAAUCAUUUUGUAACAUGUUAUGAAUGUGCACGUUUAUUAUAUAAUCGAAAAGAUCCAUGUCCAGUUUGUCGGAAACGAAUUGAUGAUGUUAUUCGUGUUUAUACAUAA